UCUUUCCAUUAUUCCAUAAGUGGCAUAAAUUCCUUUCUUUCCUCUCUUUGAUAAAAAUCAUCUGUCCUAUCUAUUUCCAUUCUUGUGCUCCAGCAGCUCCACCCACAAAAGCAACCGGCAAAAGCUUCCACAUAUUUCAAGUCUACUCGGCUAGCUAGCUAGGGGAAUUUAAAGGAAUUUUACUACAAGCUUUUGCUUUUGUGGCAUUUUGAAUGGGGCGCCAAGAGAAUUCGCGGAGGACUUUUGUUCUGAAGCUGAAGCUCCACUGCGCCUAUUGCGAAGGUUGUGUGGGUAAGGUGAAGAAGCUGGUGAAGACAAUUCAAGGGGUGGAUUCAAUCAAGAUAGAAGAAGAGGGGAAGGCAACCAUUUCCGGAAACGUUGACCCACACAGAGUCAUAAAGGAGCUUGAAAAGCAUGAGAAAAUUCGCAGUGCUGAGCUUUGGGGGGAAGAAGAAGAAGAAGAAGAAAGCCCAGUACCCCAAGUCAACGAAGAGGAGAUGCAAAUCUCUGUUCGAAAAAUCUCUGAUCAACGGAAGGUGGCACCACAGCAUCCAGGUGUCAUCGGUAGACCUAGUGACAAACCAAUGGCCAAAAGAAUUCACGAUUGCUACCCAAAGCACGAUCAUGAGCUUGAGCUAAGAAGCUACAACAAACCUUUCAAAUGUGAUGGAUGCAAGGAAGAAGGGAUUAAAACAAGAUACAGAUGUGAGCCAUGUAAUUAUGACCUUCACGAGGGGUGCAUGUACCCUAAACCCAUGAUAACCCACGAUCUUUUCCAAGGAUCCAAGUUCGUAUUUCACCAUGAACCAGGAAAAAUUUGCCAUGCAUGUGGAAGGAAAAUCUGCGGCUAUUCCUAUCACUGCGAAGAGGACCACUUGGAUUUGCACCCGCGUUGUAGCAACCUAAGCGGAAAAUUGAGCAUAGGUGACACUGAAUUUGUGCUCCGCAAAAAGGCCAAAAAGAAUUGCUUUUGGUGUCAAAAGAAACAGCCUAGCUGGCUUGUGAAAAAAAACGUCCAGGGUUGGUGUUAUGUCUCAAAAUGUAACAAGUUUUAUUGUCAUGUGUAUUGCGUAUCUCAAAUGGUGCUCGAGGCUUGGAGAAGAGGGGAUUUGGAUCGUAAGGAUGAUGACAAUGACGAUGAUGUUACUUCUAUGGCACUGGAAAAAGUGGAUUUGAAGCUCGUGGCUAAAAGUGGUGGGGGAGGGAGUAGUGGGUUUCUAAAGACAAUAAGCAUGUUCCUGAGGGCAAUAAUUGGUAUUCUAUUUGGGGAUCCAACCGUUGUGAUCCUGUCUAUGCUUGUGGAAUUAAUCCCAAGGUGACUCCCGAGGGUCUUUCUAGGGUUUCUAAUUAUGCAUUGAUACCAUUGAAUUGUCAGCUUUUAUGAUUUCAUGAUUUCAUUAAUUGGCGGUAUGUAUUAUGUGUCAGAUACAAUGUGAUAUUAUUUUUUUAUAAUAAUUUUUUACUCAAA